AUGAUGGAGAUUGACGAGCCUUCGCCUAGAAACGAAUGUUCCUUGGGCACGACUUUCCAUCGAUUCCCCCAACUCCCUCCGGCCAUUCAACGAAUGAUAUGGAAAGAGUUCUACCUCAUCCCACGGCAGUUCCUCGCGCAUUGGGAGGGCUACGAGGAUCUUAUAGGUAAAAAUACUAUCCUAUCACCCUGGGAUUUAUACCCCGUUGCCCCAGGCUGCAACUGGAACGCAAAGAGUUACUACUACUCCAUCGACAACACCAUUGAUCGUAUGUCGAGGUCCGUGGCUCGCGGCCUUCGCAAGCGGUUCGGAUUUCCCACGUAUCGUCGCAAGAGCCUAGACCCCUGGUCGUUCUCGCAACCAACUGAGCAGGGCACUAGGUCGGACGUCAUGAUCAACUGGGAGGUGGACUUUAUAAACCUGGAAACGGAGACUCCUCAAGUGGAUCUGAUCGACGACUUACCGCAUCUUCAGUGGCUCAGAUACAUCGAGAACAUCGUCGUUCAAACGUGGUUCAGCGAGUGUAAGUCAAUCAUCGAGAACAUGAACGGGCUCACAUCAGAGAACAAGUGGCUGCUGGAGAUGAGGCACUGGCUCCCAAACCUCAAACUCAUGCAGCACAAGCUAUCUACUUCGUGA